AGGCAGCCGCGGUUCCUCAUCACUAUGACACACAGUCUGAGGAUAUAAAAGCCUGGGCCACUCCUUCUGCGCCCGCUGCACGGCUUCAGACAGCAGCUCACUUCAGACUGCCGGACAGAGAGUGUGUGAGUGUGUGUGAGUGAGUGCUUGCGAGAAUGGCGACGCUAGUUGGUCCUGUUGAUACUCCAGCACCCUUCGGAGGUGUCAGUAGCAUCAAGAACACGGCAUCACCCACGGCCUCGACACAUCACUUCGACGAGAGCAAAUAUUACCUGCUGGUGGUCAUUGGGGAGCUGGUCACUGACGAGCAUCUGAAGUGUGCCAUUGCGGACAUUGAGAAAGGAAUUCGUUCAUGGGACACAAACCUGAUUGAUUGUAACCUAGACCAGGAGCUGAAGCUUUUUGUGUCACGACACUCUGCCAGGUUUUCAGCCGAUGUGAGAGGACAAAAGAGUCUGCAUCACAAAAGUAAUGUUUUGGAGACAGUAGUGCUCAUCAACCCUUCAGAUGAAGCUGUUAGCACUGAGGUACGUCUGAUGGUCUCAGACACAGCCCACCAUAAGCUGCUUCUCCUAGCAGGACAGUGUUUUGAAAAUACAGGCGAGCUGAUUCUCCAGUCAGGCUCCUUUUCUCUCUCCAAUUUCAUUGACAUUUUUACAGAUCAAGAGAUUGGAGAGCUUCUAAGCACUAUACAUCCAGCCAACAAAGCCAGUUUAACUCUUUUCUGUCCGGAGCAUGGUGGCUGGAAAAAUUCAAACCUGGAUAAACACAACUUGCAGGAAUUCAUCCAUAUGAAGCUAAACUCCCCAACCAUCCUGCCAGAAAUGGAAGGUCUUUCUGAAUUCACAGAGUACCUGUCAGAAUCUGUAGAAAUCCCAUCCCCAUUCGAUAUGCUUGAACCCCCAACUUCAGGUGGGUUCCUAAAAUUAUCCAAACCAUGCUGUUAUAUUUUCCCUGGUGGACGGGGUGAUUCAGCACUGUUUGCAGUUAAUGGUUUCAACAUGCUGAUUAAUGGUGGAUCUGAUAGAAAAUCAUGUUUUUGGAAGCUGGUACGACAUCUGGACAGAGUGGAUUCUGUUCUUCUUACACACAUUGGAGAUGACAACCUUCCUGGUAUCAAUAGCAUGCUGCAGCGCAAAAUAGCCGAACUUGAGGAGGAGCAGUCACAGGGAUCCACAGCUAACAGUGACUGGACAAAGAAUAUGAUCUCACCUGAUAUUGGGGUUAUGUUUGUCAACAUGCCCCAGAACCUAGAAAACCUUGAGCCCAACUUCAGGAUUAGGAGAAAUGCUGAGGAGGCAUCUCUCAUGCUGCAGUACCUAAACAAGCUGUCUUUAAAGCCUGAACCUCUGCAUAGGAAUAUUGGGAAUACAGUAGAACCAAUUAUACUUUUCCAGAAAAUGGGGGUUGGAAAGCUUGAAAUGUAUGUUCUUAACCCAGCUGAGAAUAGCAAGGAGUUGCAGUACUUCCUGAAAGAAUGGACUGGUAGUGAUAAAGACAAAGCUGCCAUCUUGUUACCUAAUGGAAAAGAAUCAGAGCUCCCAAUCUCAUAUUUGUCUUCCAUCUCAUCACUGAUUGUGUGGCAUCCUGCUAACCCAUCGGAUAAAAUUAUCCGUGUUCUCUUUCCAGGCAAUUCCACUCAGAAUAAUAUUCUGGAAGGCCUAGAGAAACUUAAACACUUAGACUUCCUCAAACAUCCUGCGAUCACGCAGAAGGAGCUUAAUUCAAAUUUAGCACCAACACUGAAACAAGCUAAGAUGAAACAUAAGACAGAUAGUAAAGAGAGCCUGAAGUCCACACCAAAACCAUCCCCAAGCAAAAAUCUCCACAAAGAGUCCAAAGAAGAAUCUCUUGAAAAACUAAAAACCCUGAGUAAAACUGACGCUGUGGAAACUCAGGAGCCAAUACAAAAAACAGAGAAGAAAGAAAAAACACUUGUGAAAAAAGUGAAAACAGGGGAUAAGGACAUUAAAAUCAAGACUGAGCAAACACCCAAAAUUGACACUCCAGAGAAAAAGAAAAUUGACAUUAAACCAAAAACAAUAAAGAAAGAAACAAAGAAAUCAGUGGAAAAAAUUGAGGUUAAUAAAAAGGCUGAAAAACCCACACCCAAGAAAGAAGAAAAGGCCAAAAAAGAAGAGAAGCUGAAGAAAGAGGAGGCCAAGAAGGAAAUUAAAAGACGAGACAUUAAGAAAGAUUCCCUGUUAAAGGACAGCAGAAAGGAUGAAAAGAAAGAAACUCAAAAAGAGGAAAAAGAACCUAAGAAAGAUUUGAGGAAAGCCGGUAGCCUGAAAAAGAAUGCCCCUAGCACACCUGAGGUGAAAAAACCUGCACCUAAACCAAAGGUUGCAGCACGAGGCAAGGGCCCUGGUAGUCCCGCAAAAUCCAAAGAAAAGGUUAAGCCCAAGCCCACCAAAAAAGAUGCUGGUGAAUCAGUGGAAGCACCUUCUGUCUCAAGUGCUACUGAUAAAGAACCUGCUGUUGAAGCCAGUGUAACAGAUGUUCUUGGGGAAGAGAGGUCACUGAUGUCUUCGCCAGAAGACCUCACUAAAGACUUUGAGGCUCUGAAAGCAGAGGAGAUUGCUGAAGAUGACGAAAUCCUAUCACAGACCAAAAUAGACGAUUCUGAUCAAGGAGAGAUGAUUAAGCAUGAAGAAAUAACUCUUUGCAAAGAGUCUCCAGAGGCAGCAGAGUCCCUGGAUGAAGGAAUAGCAACCACAGAAGCUGAGGAGGAAUGUGGUGGUACUCCAGGAGAUCUAGAACCAAAUCAAAAAAGCAAUGGUACCAGUGAAAAAUUUGAAGAUGAAGGAACAGGGUUGGAAGAGUCAUCUGAGAUAGGGGACUAUGAAGAAAAGGGUGAUACAGAGGAAGUGGAUGAGCAAGACAGAGUAAUAUUUAAGUUAAAAGAUGAUGGAGAGCAAGAAGAGCAGGAGACCAAGGAAGGAUCAGAUUAUGGUGCAGAGGAACGAGAGCAAGAAGAGCAGGAAACCAAGGAAGGAUCAGAUUAUGGUGCAGAGGAACCACUAUAUAGACAUGACAAAGAAACUGAGUUGCAGAGUUUUGAUGUAACCACACCACCAAAGAUCUCUGCACCUGCAUCUCCUGCUGUUUCUAUUCAUGAUGAAACCCUACCAGCAGGUUCAGAAAAUGAGGUUGCCUCUGAUGAUGAAAAUCGAGAUGAGCCUCCAGAAGAAUACACAACAUCCGGACACACUCAAUCUACAAUUGAGAUCUCAAGUGUUCCAACACCUAUGGAUGAAAUGUCUACUCCAAGAGAUGUAAUGAGUGAUGAGACAAUUAAUGAUGAAAGUGAUUCUCCCUCCCAAGAUUUUGUUAAGUACGGUAUGACUACAGAUUAUGAGAGAAAGAACCUUUCACCUCUCCAAGACCUUCCUGAAUUAGAUCACUCCAAGAGCGAUGCCACUGAGGGGCAUGACUAUCAUGCAUCAGCUUCAACCAUUUCACCACCAUCUUCACUGGAAGAAGACAAAUCUGCCAAGGAGUUUUUUCCUAAAGAAACAUUCUCUUUUGAUUUAAACAGGCUCAGUGCUUCUACUACAACUUUGCAUCUUGUCAGGUCACCUUCUGGUGACCAAAAUAUGAAUGUUGACCAUGUUCAUGCAGGUGUAUCUUCACCAAUUGAACUGGGAACCACAUUAGCUGGGAUGUCAAAAGGAAUGGAAUCAUACAGUCCAGAUGAGAAAACCUUAGAGGGUCCUUUAUCUCCUCAGUCCUCAGGUCACACACCUUACUACCAAUCCCCAGUGGAGGAGAAAGCUGGCACUCUACCAUCAGACAAAACACCUGAGCCCCAGGGUCCUAUUAUUGUUGACAUCACAAGUGACAAGGAAUACUCUCCCAGAGAAGCUAGUCCUAUUGAUGAAGCAGUACCUGUGUCACAGAUGGGAAAGAAACAAUCACCAAGUUAUGAAGCAUAUUUAUCAACCACUUUUGACGUUGACCACAAGACCCCAAGCCAGAAUGACAAUAAUGAUAAAAAGUUAGCAACUGAUGACAGCUCUUCAGUUACAUCUGCUACAUCUUUGCCACCGGCUAAAGUAGAGAGCCUUUCUGAUACAAAUCCUUUCACAACAUUUAAAGAGGACAGCAAAAUGUCCAUAUCUGAGGGGACCACAUCUGGCACUCCAGUUGAUGAGGUUGUUGCAGAGGACACAUUUUCUCACAUUGCCUCUGCCUCAACAGCAUCACUCGCAACAAGUUCUUUACCAGAACCUACAACAGAUGAUGUCUCCCCAUCACUUCAUGCUGAAGUUGGCUCCCCACAUUCCACAGAAGUGGAUGACUCUCUCUCUGUCUCUGUUGUUCAGACUCCGACCACAAUGCAAGAAGCAGAAGUUUCCCCAUCUAAGGAGGACAGUCCCCGACCUAUGUCAAUCUCCCCUGAUGUUUCCCCUAAAACAGCUAAAUUGAGAAUGCCACAACAGGAAACAAAAUCGCCUGAGCAGUCAUUGUCAGUUGAGUGUCGACAAGAAUCCCCAGAACACUCAUUUGCAUUGGAUUUCAGCAAGCAGUCACCAGAUCAUCCAUUUUUAGGAGGAAUGCAGCGUACAGCCACUGAAAAUGGUCCAACAGAAGUUGAUUACAGCCCCUUGGAUGGAACCAAUCUCAUGGGAGAACAGUGCAGACCUGGGGAAGAUAGGGACAAGGCAAUGCUUUUCAGAGAGUCUGACAGUACCCAGGUUGCUUCUGUUUCCCCAUCAGAUGCCUCUCAGUCCACCCCAUCAGUUACAACACCCUGCCAAAUUGGGGAGCCAAGAGAAGUUUCUUCAAAUGUAGGACAUUUCUCAGAGUGUGUUACUCCAAAACAGUCACCCCACAAUCACUCUCCUUUAUCUCCUGAUUCAUCUCUUGUUCUAGGUGGACCAAGCACCUCACAUGAAGGAACAGAUAAAGACAGACAUAGUCCCAGCUCAUUUUACAAAGAGACUGGUAUGGAUAAAAUAGAGGACAGACAAAAUCUGGAGAAGACUCCUCCAAAGGCCAGGUCACCCUCAUCUCCUAUAGUGCCAUCUUGUUUUUCUCCAAAGACAGAAGAGCUUAAACCUGGCUUAGGGACAGAUCCCUUCACAGACUCAAAAUCCCCCACCAGUCCCAAAAUUUCAUCUCCAGCUCAACAUUAUCCUACUUCCAAUCAGAUAGACACUCAGGAGAAGUUUUCCAGCAGCUCCACAUCAUAUUCCUAUAGCUAUCAAUAUGGAGAAUCUACUAAAAUUUGUGAUGGCGGGUCCAUAGGGCCAGAUACCUCAAAAACAAGCCCACCUCAGUCACAAGCAGAUGUGGACUUGUGUUUGGUGACCUCCUGUGAAUACAGACAUCCAAAGACAGAGCUUUCUCCAUCCUUUAUAAACCCCAGUCCUCUUGAGUACUUCAUGAAUGAGGAACAUCCUUUGGAGGAGGAAAAGCCACUUGCUAAGUCUGGAGGAGGACCACCGCCACCUGGAGGGAAACAGCAGAGCAAGCAGUGUGAGGAAACACCUCCAACUUCUGUAAGUGAAUCAGCACCCUCUCAAACAGACUCAGAUGUUCCUCCUGGCACAGAGGAGUGCCCAUCAAUAACUGCAGAUGCAAAUAUUGACUCUGAGGAUGACUCAGAAACACUACCAACAGAUAGGACUAUCACUUAUCGUCAUGCAGACCCACCUCCAGUCAUGCCCAGAGACCCUGCUCCUAUCCCUCCACAUCCUGAUGCCUGCAUGGUGGAUCCUGAGGUCCUUAAGGCUGAAGAGGCAUCCCAAAAAGAUGAAAGAGGGAAGCCAAAAAAGAACAUCAGCAGCAAGACUAAAUCAUCUGCAACAAAGAGCUUGUCAAAAACAAGUGCGAUCAAAGAGUCUAAGGUGUCCUCUCCAAAAAAGACUACAGAAGAUAAAGAUGCCAAAAAUGCUACUAAUACCUCUGCAUCAAGGGGAGUGAAAAGCAGUACUUCAGGAAGCACUAAGUCCAGCAGUGGAACAUCAGUACCUAACUGUCCUCCAAUGUAUAUGGACCUAGUUUACAUACCAAAUCACUGCAAUGCCAAGAAUGUGGAUGCUGAGUUCUUUAAAAGGAUCCGAUCCUCCUACUAUGUAGUCAGUGGUAAUGAUCCAACAGCACAGGAGCCUAGUAAGGCAAUUCUGGAUGCUCUGCUGGAAGGAAAGAGCCAAUGGGGAAAUAAUAUGCAGGUCACACUGAUUCCAACCCAUGAUACAGAAGUUAUGAGGGAGUGGUACCAGGAAACCCAUGAGAAGCAGCAAGAUUUGAACAUCAUGGUUUUGGCAAGCAGCAGCACUGUGGUCAUGCAAGAUGAGUCUUUCCCUGCAUGUAAGAUUGAGUUGUGAUUGUCAUGAUCUAGAUGUGGUAGAGGUUGGAUGUUAGACACCAAACAAAUUAAAAUCUUAGUACACACAUUCACAAAAGCAAAUGUUUUGGAUCACAUUCCACUUCUCAAUAGAGGAACCAGUGAAAAUGUUUCUCAGUAAAAUUAUCUAGUACUUUUUGAGGUCUUGAGGUUGUGAAAAAGGUAUGUUAGACAUUGUUGACCAGACAAAGACCAGUUUUUGGUGUGAAUCAGACCUCCUUAAACACACAAACAACCAGCAGAAGCUAAACUAAACUAAACAACUGACUAAAUGCAUACAGUAGUCGGUGGAUGAACACUGUACUGAGCAGCUCCAGUAAGACUGAACAAACUACAAAUGUAUUUAUUUACAAACAGAUAAAUGGAUCACUGAAAAAGAACUUCUUAAAUGGUAAUGUUUACACCAAAGUUUGAGGGAUUGUUUUAAUGCCUUAUAAAGUUAAACUGAAUGUACAACAAGUAUAAUGCACUUAAUAUGAGAACAAUUAAAUGGUAUGUAUGAUCCACGGUUACAUAAAUAUAUCAUAGGAUGCAAAAGCUACAUUAAACAUCAUAUUCCAGCUGCACUGAGUUGCAUAAAAUAUAAAUGUGAAGCUUGCUACCUUUGCGAUUAAAUGCAAAAUAGAACAGUGAUCUAACCAAUUUAAAAGACUCUCUUAAGAAAAAAAAACUGAAAAAAUAUGAAAUACAUAAGUUGUAUGUAAAAAAAAAUAAUGUAACAGUAAAAAAAACAUGCAUCUCAUAACUCUUUUUCCUGGACUAGCAAAGAAUUCAUUAAUUAUAUUGUCACUAUUGUAACAAUUUUUACAGAUAGGAGAUCUUUCUUUAAAACUGCCCAUCAUUAGUUUGAAAUUUCAUGAAUUUCACACCAGCCUUUUUUAACAGAGUAAAAUAUUAAAUGUUUGAACUCCAAAAAUUGUUAUUCAUCAAUUUGUACUAGUUAAUAUUUGCAUUUAUUUAUGUUAAUGCUCUUAUCUGAGCAAUACAGUCGUUAUAUUUAUUUGCUUUAUUUAAUGCUUAAAUUAUUUAUAACAAAAAAAUUGCCUUUUUUGCAUUCCUAUGAAGUUGAUCAUGAAACGAGAUCUCUAAAAUGCAAAACUCUUGUCAAUCCAGAGUUGUGUCAAAGUUCAGCAUUUUUGUUUUUCUUUGAUAACUAUUGUUUUCUUCUCUUACUCCAAGUGGGGUUGAUUAUCCUUUUAACUGAACAUUUCACUCAAUGUUGAGAGCUCUUCUGUAUUCACUGUUCAUCCAAAUCUUAUCCAUCUACGAUAUUUAUUUUCUUAGCUUGUCAAUGUUGCCAAGAAGAGCCAUCAAGAUUGUGGUACAUUGAAAGUUGAGAAACUGAAAAUUUUCCUUUCCUUAGGAAUAUAUAAUAAAAUUUCAGUGUACUAUAAUUAUAAAUAGCUUAGUGACGGAGUGAGUGGUCGGAUGAUAUGUGCAUGUGUAAUGUAUUAUCCUUGACAUUUCUCUGUGCUUUCUUUCACUAAGAGGGGAAACUCACUCUUUAGUGCCAACACAUCACUGCAAGGAUAUGAUAAUUCAUGAUUGGAAAAUUGUGAACUUGGAUCUGGUUUACUGUAUCUUAAUGUCACUUUUUUCUUUUAUCAAUAACCAUACAGUCAUGAAAAUGUACCAUCUCAUUGAAAGCUGUGAAAGAGAUUUGAAUUCCAAUCAUUAAUUCCUAUGACACUACCACUAUAUACGGAUUUUACAGUUUAUCAGAAUCUACUUGACAAUACAGGAUUAUGCCACAAGUUGUUCAAAUAUUUCAAAGCCAUAACUGCUUGAAAUAUUUUAAUUACAAUAUUUAGAACCAACACCACAUCAACAAAACAAACUACUGAAGAACUUGGUGCCAUUGUGGCCCAACUCUUUUCAACAGCUCAGUCUAAUAGUAAACUUGAUACGAUAUUUAAUAACUCAGAACUGGACGCUUCUUAAUUACAUACUAACAGCAGCAAUGGUUAACAGACUCUUCUAGCCACAUGCUUCUGCAAAGUGCACUGUUGUUUAUCUGCAAGACAUUUACAUUACAAAAUACAACACACACAUCCAGUCUAUCACUCCCCUCUUUUCUCUGUAACACUUCACUUUCUCUCAAAAAUUCACAAUCCCUCUUGUUCUCCUCGCUCACCUUCGGGUGCUAGUAAGAAUAUGUCUGCAGUUGUGUAUGAAAUAUAUAUAUAUAUCUUGUGAACUUGCAUCUUUCCUCUAUUUAUUCCUAAUCCCAUAUCUAGAGGAUAGUCUCAAGUGAAAGUAUUACCUAGUGCUUUUUCUGUUGUUUGUGUGCGAUAACUCUUUCCAACUAUGGGGUGUUUGAUGUAAAGGGAACUACACUUAUAAAGGUAAAUCCGUCCACAAUAAAUAAUUUUGUGGAAAAUA